GUAUUGUCCAAAACUGCGCCACGCCUGCCCGUUGAUCUACACUCACUUGCGCAUGUUCGCUGCGUAAUAAAUACAACUGUCUUACCUCUCCAUCUACUUGAUUUCGAAUCUCAUUAUUCUCGUAUUACUACUUGAUCUAUCUAUCUAUUUAUUUACAUAUUUAUUGUGUUUUCCGUUGUCGGGUUUGUACUCAUUUUCCUCCUCGACUCCCAUUACGCAAAACGUUAUCAAACUAUAUCACUAGCCCUUCGUUUACACGAUAACGGCCGGCAUUCGCUGAAAACGAUCAAACCAUAAAAAACCUCUAUUUAUUAUUCUACGCCUUUUCCGCCUCGACUGGUAAAAGAUGGGUGUCGGAAGAUUUAUUUGUGUGGCUUUGCCAUUCAUAUUGACGGUAGCCAGUAUUAUUUGUAUGCUGGUCGCUGGUCUCUCGGGUCUCACCAACAGCGGCCUAUAUGUUUUUGAAAUCGAUACCAGAAAUGUCACUAUUGAUGGUGACACCCUUCAGAGCUUAAUAGGCGAUUUAACUGGUCAGAACAUCUCGGCUAUUGAGGAUAGCAUCAGCAGCAGUGCCGAUAGUGUAGAAGAUACUAUCAACAACCUCGGGAGGGAUUUGAGCUCCCGCGACCCGGCUCCGCAAGAUGUGACCAGCAUUAUUGAAGGUAUCACUGGUACGGGCAACAUCUCCGCAUCUGACCUUGGAAUCGACAACGUAUACGACUUCACUCUUUGGAACUAUUGCACCACGCCCCAGAACGGAAGCGAAAAGACAUGCACCAAGGCCAAAUUCAAUUGGGCUGAAGAAGAUCUCAGCACCGAGUGGGUCGACAAGUUCAACGAGCGUCUCGGAGGUAACAUUACCGUUCCCGAAGAUAUCGAAAAUGGCUUGUCUACUUUCAAAACCCUUCUAAAGUGGACCGAAGUAGUCUAUAUUAUUGCUAUGAUUGGACUGGGUCUAGAACUCGCAAUGGGCCUGUUCACCGCCUGCUCUCGUGCGAUCUCGUGUCUGGUUUGGGUCAUCUCUGGUGUGGCUACCCUUGCUGUUAUCGCCGCCGCUGCCAUGAUGACUGCCUUGGCUAUGGUUGUAGUUGGUAUCGUUAAAGCUGCUACUUCGCAGUAUGGUGGAGAUGCAUCUUAUAACAAGAACUACCUGGCUUGUGUUUGGGUUGGUGCUGCCUUCGCUGUCGCCGCAAGCCUAUUCUGGAUGUUCUCUGCCUGCUGCUGCAAGUCUGAGCAUCGUCCCUACAAGCGAGGAGUCAACGGCUCCGAGGGCGAGAAGUUCAUUCCCACUGGCUCGUACGCGCCGCUUGGUGAGCCGAACCGCAACUCUGGUUACAGCAACUAUGCUGCCCCGCAGCGUGGUGGUGCCCGUUCAGACCUGGCCUACGAGCCAUACUCUCAUGCUCGUUAAAUGCAAGAAAUAUAUUUUUACUAGGACUGGAGGAGAUGGCUGGCGUGCGAUAAUCUAAGUGUCACCAUGGUAUUACUUUUGCAUUGUGCCGGCGUUACUGGCUUGGGAAUGAUGAGACUGGAUGAUUGUGGUAUCUGAAGGCUGAAGGAAAUAGAUCAAGGGCUUUCCUGGAUUGAAGAGAAUACCCGGGCGAUUAUGAUAGUUCUCAUUUCAAAUAUAAUGAACCAAAUGAAUGACAAUGAUGGGCAAACAUGUUUUUGUUGUUUUUGUUGCUGAAUGUUGAUAUUUAUCCAAAAGUGAUUGAUUGCGCAAGACUCGAGUCGAGAUAGUACACAGACAUUGGCCAAUCACGUGUAUGUCAAAUAUGUUCUAUAAUAUAUUACUAUUUUUUUCUCUCUAAACCUUAGGAAGCUUUUGAAAAGUUUAUUUAUAAAGCAAUGUGCG